AUGUGCUCUGAAUUUACAUUUGGUCUCCCCGAUGCAGAGAAAACCACACCAGGAGCACUGGAUAAAGUAAACCAGUUACAGGAGGAAACUCACUCGGCAUGUUGCUGCAUGUUGGUGUCAUCAGAAGACAAUGGUCAACUCUUCUGUCGGGUUGUUGGAGACAAAGUCCUGGAGGAAGAGAUUAUUUUUCCGCUGUCGUUUUCUGAUUUUGAACAGUCGGAGAAAGAUAGUAAAUCGAUGACCUUGAAUGACAUCACAGCGGAGCAGCACCGUCAGCUCAACAACAUCCUAGGGUUUGAGGUUUACUCCAUGUUGUGUGUCCCUGUCAUCUCUAAAGCAACUGCACAGGUAGUCGCCAUGGGCUGUGCAUUUAACAAGCGAUCAGGCCAUUAUUACACGGAACUGGAUGAACACAAGAUUCGGCAUUGCUUUCGGUACACCGCAACGGUCCUGACCAGCACCAUGUCUGUUCAGAAAGAGCGCAAACUGAAGAUCGAAUGUCAGGCCUUACUUCAAGUUGCCAGGAACCUCUUCACACAUUUGGAUAACGUUUCAGUCCUGCUGCAAGAGAUCAUACAGGAAGCACGGACCCUUACCAACGCAGAGAGCUGUUCUGUGUUUCUCCUGGAACAGAACAAUAAGGAGUUGGUUGCGAAGGUAUUCGAUGGCGGCUUUGUAGCUGACGAGUCCGCCGAAUUCCGGAUGCCGGCUGACCAGGGCAUUGCUGGGCACGUUGCCACAACAGGCAAAAUCCUCAACAUCAAGGAUGCCUACUCUCACCCUCUCUUUUACCGGGGCGUGGACGACAGUACGGGUUUCCGCACGCGGAACAUCCUGUGCUUCCCCAUCAUCGAUGACAACAACCAGAUUGUCGGAGUUGCAGAGCUAUGUAACAAAAUAAACGGACCCUGGUUUACCAAGUUUGAUGAAGAUUUAGCUCUGGCCUUCUCUAUCUACUGUGGGAUCAGCAUUGCCCAUUCGUUAUUGUACAAAAAGGUUCAUGAAGCCCAGUACAGGAGUCACCUGGCAAAUGAAAUGAUGAUGUACCACCUCAAGGUAAGGAAACCUCUGCAUGUCCCACGGCACUUACACUCUGACCGUCAUCCCAGACUGGGACUGAGGCCUGUACUGUCGGAGGGUCAGUGCUGA